CUGAUCCAAGUUAGGAGCUUUCAGCUGCCAGCCUUGGCCCAUCAUGUAAGUGCUGCGGAGAAUUCUUUGCAGCGCAUUUGCAGAAAUUAGCGCUUCUCCCGACGCCUGCGGGGGCCGUGCAUCCGUCCCGGCGCUCCGUGCACGGACACGCACGCUUCGGACGCACGAAGCCUCCAAGUGCAUGAAGAUCGAGGCUCGUAUUUUGCAUCUUUGUUGCAGAGCGAGCCGCUGAAGCUCCAGUGCGACGAUGGAGGGAGGGAGCGAGAAAGAAGGCAAAGUCUUUUGUGCUUCCCCUCCCCCCCAUCAGAGCAGAGGGGAAAUGUCUCAGGCGAAGGGAGGUAAGAGGAAGCCGGUGCUCAAGCUCCCCCCGGAGGUGUUUGAGCAGCGAACUCCCGCCGCAGUACCCCCCAGAGAUCUGGACUCCAAAGCUUGCGUAACAAUCGGAGAAAAGAACUUCGAGGUGAAGGCCGAUGACCUGGAGCAGAUCUGCGAGCUGGGCCGAGGAGCGUACGGCGUCGUGGACAAGAUGAGGCACGUGCCCAGCGGACUGAUCAUGGCGGUGAAGCGGAUUCGGGCCACAGUGAACACUCAGGAGCAGAAGAGGCUGCUCAUGGACCUGGACAUCUCCAUGAGGACGGUGGACUGUUUCUACACCGUCACCUUCUACGGCGCUCUGUUCAGAGAGGGCGACGUGUGGAUCUGCAUGGAGCUGAUGGACACGUCCCUCGACAAGUUCUACAAGCAGGUGAUCGAGAAAGGCCUGACCAUCCCCGAGGACAUCCUGGGCAAGAUCGCCGUCUCAAUAGUAAAAGCUCUGGAGCAUCUGCACAGCAAUCUGCAAGUCAUCCACAGAGAUGUGAAGCCCUCCAACGUGCUGAUCAACACGCAGGGUCAGGUGAAGAUGUGCGACUUCGGCAUCAGCGGCUACCUGGUCGACUCCGUGGCUAAGACCAUGGACGCCGGCUGCAAACCCUACAUGGCGCCGGAGAGGAUCAACCCCGAGACCAACCAGAAAGGCUACAACGUCAAGUCGGACAUCUGGAGUUUAGGAAUCACGAUGAUCGAGCUCGCCAUCCUGCGCUUCCCGUACGACUCGUGGGGAACGCCUUUCCAGCAGCUGAAGCAGGUGGUGGAAGAACCUUCGCCCCAGCUUCCUGCCGACCAGUUCUCCCCCGAGUUUGUGGAUUUCACCUCUCAGUGCUUAAAGAAAGUUUCCAAAGAGCGGCCGACGUACACAGAACUCAUGCAACAUCCCUUCUUCACCUCCCACGAGGCCAAAGAAACCGACGUGGCCAGCUUCGUGAAGGUCAUCCUGGGGGACUGAGCUCCGGAGGAGGGAGGAUCUGCUCAAAACGAGAAAAAAAAACCAAGCCUGACAAAGAAAAAGCCCCGACGCAGCCCCCGUUACCUGCAGGACUCCUCCCACCCGUCGUCCCGCCUGCCGCCUCCACGUCCUCCCUGCAUCACCUGACGUGGUGGGCGGAGCCUCACGUAAUCCGGAAUCAUUUUCUGUAUGCAAAAAGCUCCCUGUGAUUAGAUCCGCAAACCUGCCGGACUCGAGCCAAGUCCUUUGACGCUGAGGCGGUGCAGGCGAUGUAAAGAUGAUAUAGUGCUCUCUGUGUAUAAUCUAAAUGUCUGCAUACUCGACGCAACGUGUUGCAUCAGAUUAUUAAUUGACUGCAUGUACAGAGUUUGUCUGUGGGUAGGAAGACGGCCAGUGAGGAGCAGCUAUAGACUUCAGGGCCCCCCGGUGGUCGCACACAGGUACUGCACUUCACCUGCUUCGUCCCCCGAUUACAGCCGAGGUCGACUCCACGUUUGGGCUCUUUGUGCUGCCUGUGAGUGUGUUCAGGUGUGUGUGUGUGAGCUGCUGCGUGAUCUCCGUGUGUUUGUGUGUUUGUAGGGCUGCUGCAGAGGCGGCCCUGCAGCUCUGAGCCGAGACUUUUUGAGGAAAUUUUUGCAAGACUGACACUGAAUUCCCAACAGAUUCUGGUUAUUUUUUUAGCUCCUGUCACAAAGUCCUGCACCUCUCUGGAAACAGAACAACAACAAAGAAGGAGAGAGAACUCAGAGAUAUAUUCUGUGCAGAAUAACAGUCAGAGUGACAAAAACUUUUGAAUUUAUUUUGCAAAACAUGAAAAAGCCUGGAAUCACGUGUCUGCAGGUAAUGAUUCUGCCUCCACAUGCUUUAGAUAUUUAACCAUUUACCAUCUACUGCAGCAUAUCAGCUCCAGACAGAUUCCAUCUCAAUGUGCUGAAUGCAUCGUCCAACAACUUGCUCCUCUGCUCACUGUUCUUGAGCCGUGCUGCAUUUAUUUUAUUGAUCUGAUUUGCUUGAUUUAAAUUUUUAAACGCUGCCUGCACGUCAAAAACUUUGAAUUUUUAUCCUUUAACUGUCGGUCACAGCUGAGUCGAUCAUGGCUUCACAUUUGCCCCAACAGCAGCAGAAUUUUUAGUU